AUGCCAGACCGCGGGGCAUUUGACGUUGAGCCAAACACCGACCCCUACCCAUCGCGCGACCGCGCGUUCCGACACGACUUCGCUAGCCAAGUCGCCAAGAUAAACCCGCAACUGGAAUAUGUGGGACUCAGGAACGCAGCCAAAGCCUACCACUUUAAGAAGUGGACACGACACUGCCCGGAGCAAUACCAGGAUUUCCGGAGCCGCGCGCGAUCCGAGGGAUACAAUCCCACUGCAGGGUUCGUGGAACUUCGCGGCAACCGAGCAAUCUACCAUUACAACCAUCCGGAGGACAGCCGCAAUCUAGUCGUUCCCCCAGUACGAACCUACAUUGCUGAGCCCCUCGAAUUUCCACCAUCCACGCCCCGACCGCGACACGGAAGGACCGAAUCACCAGCUCCUACCGCCCAAUCCUCGGUGCGUCGGCAAACACAGAUUGAAAUCCCAGAUUCCGACGACGAGCUUUCCAACAUGGCGCCUCCUACCACAGCGCGUGACGAACGGGGACGGUACACCAGCGCGACCACGGCGAACGAAGUCCACCCAGCCCUGACCCGGAUGGACGGCUUGCGAAUGCCCAACAGCAAUGACAUUGCCGGAACCUGCACCGGAGUCGCCGAAUUGUACUCAAUCCUCACCGAAGCCAUAGAAAGACAAACGAUCCUCCGCGCCGCAGGCGGAGCCAGCCGGGCCAAGAAAUUCCUCGAAGUCGUCUACACCAAGUUCCCAAAGAAGACUGCGCCUGUAACCCCCGUCCUGGGAACUCACCUGCAUGGGACUCCCAGCACCGGAAACCGCACCAUCCGCCCAAUUCCCAUCAUUUUCCCUAGCCUCAACGACGAGCAGCCGAGCACCGACCAGGAAGACCCAUUCACAACUCCGAGCAACAAACGGGCGAGUGCCAUGCUUAAACGAUUGCAAAACCGCGCGGCCAAGGCGCAACGGGUCACCAAGACCGACACCUCAUCUGGGCUAAAAAUCUCCGUGCCCGUCCCAACCUACCCGUUCGUUAUACUAUAGAAAUCUGGCAGAUAUUUUCUAAAGAGCCUAAAGGAAUAUCUCCGGGAAGUAUGGGGAAAGAUAUAUACAGACCUUCCUUAAGAAAUCCCUGGGAAGCUCUAAGAAACUCAGCCUCUUUUAUUAAGAAAGUUUCCUAGGAUUUCCCUGGGAUUUCCCUGGGAAGCUGGGCGGAAAUCUUCCCUGGGAAUUUCCUGGAAAAUAGAUAUUUAAAUAGCUAGGGAUUUCCCUGGAUAAAUAAAAAAGAGAUAUUUAAUUUUAA